AGAUGCUCUGUGGGUAGGCCUACUUUUAGUUAUUUGAAGGCUAUAUAUUGCUAUUCAUUAUGUAUGAUUAAAAAUACAUAUAAUUUAAAAUGGGUACAAAUGGCCUUCCGUCCCCCGAUACAGGCCCGGGUCGGUAUGAUGGUUACAAGAUGAGGAUGUGAUAGGCCUAGGCUAUAUGUUCAUUUGCAUACACGUGCCUAACACCCACGCGGGGACACCGCCGCGCUUCCAUCAUUAAGCAGACCCUGAAAAACAUCGGCGAGUAAUCGUGAUUUAUAUUUAAAAAGACACACCGGAUCUGAUUAUGUAUCUGCCUCUGGGUGGAGAUGAGCCUAACGCGGUGUGAAAGAGUCCUCCUUUGUAAUCAAUUAGGAGUUUGGGGUAAAGAAGCGUCCUUGUUGCGCGCACUCGCUUCUCCGCCGGUCACGCAUGUGUCAUGUCGAAGGUAAACAGUGAAGUCAAGAGGCACAUGUCUCCUGAAAGUCUAAUACACGAUCACGACGGGGACACGUUCGGCUUUGGAGACGACCUGGAGCUGAAUCAGUUCGACGGGCUGCCCUUCUCGUCCCGCUACUACAAGCUGCUGAAGGAGAGGAGAGAGCUGCCGGUAUGGCGGGCCAGGGGCCAGUUCCUGGACGCCCUGGUGAAGAACCAGCUGGUUCUGGUCUCAGGAUCGGCGAGGACUGGCCAAAGCACACAGAUCCCCCAGUGGUGUGCGGAGCUCUGUCUGUCGGCCCGGUUCCGCCACGGCACGGCGGUGUGCACGCAGCCCGGCCCCCAGCUGGCGGUGGAGCUGGCCCUGCGCGUGGCCGACGAGAUGGACGUCAACAUCGGCCACGAGGUGGGCUACCGCAUCCCGCUGAAGAGCUGCUGCUCCCACGACACCGUGCUGAGGUUCUGCACGGAUGACGUGCUCCUGCGAGAGAUGACCUCCGACCCCGUCCUGGAGCGCUACGGCGUGGUGGUGGUCGACCGCGCCCACGAGCGCACGCUGAGCACCGACGUCCUGCUGGGGCUCCUGGGGGCCCUGCUGCAGCGGCGCCCCGGCCUGAGGGCCGUGGUCCUCAUGGAGCCCCCCCCCGGCGCGGCCCAGAGGCUGAGGGGUCACUACGGGGGCACCGCCGCCGCCCUGCUCUGUCUGGAGGCGCCGGGCCCCGCCCAGGUGGUCUACGCUUACCACAACAACAACAACAACAACAAUAGUGUCGCCGCCGGUGGUGGAGGAGGCGGCGGCGGUUGCCAUAGCGACGACUACUUCUACUCGGCCCUGAGGCUGGUGUUGGAGAUCCACCGCACCAGGGAGCGGGGAGACGUGGCCGUGUUCCUGGCCUCCGCGCAGGAGGUGGAUGUGGCCCACAGCAUCCUCCAGAGGGAGAGCACCCGCCUGGGGGCGGACCUGGACCGCCUGGUACCGGUGAGGCUGUGUGGGGCGGGGCCGGCCGAGCCCCCGGCCCGGGACCAGGUGGGGGCCGGCGGGGGCACCAGGAGGGUCUUCCUGUCCUCGCAGCAGGGGGAGGAUCUCCUCGGGGGGGUGGACGGCCUCCACUUUGUCAUCGACACCGGCGUGGAGAAGAGAUUCGUGUACAAUCCGAGGAUCAGGGCCUACUCCGAGGUGAUCCGGCCCAUCAGCCAAUGCCGGGCGGACGUGCGCAAGCAGCUCUGUCGCCCCACGGGGAAGUGCUUCUGUCUGUACCCCGAGGGGAAGGCACUCCCUGCCGAGAACGCGCCCCGCAUCCUGGAGUCCAACCUCACCUCCACGGUUCUGUUCCUCAAACGCAUGGAGAUCGGGGGUCUGGGACACUGUGACUUCAUCCACCAACCAGACCCCGAGGGUCUCAUGCAGGCCCUGGAGGAGCUGGACUACCUCGCCGCCCUGGACAACGACGGGAACCUGUCAGAGAUCGGGGUCAUCCUGUCGGAGUUCCCCCUGGACCCCCAGAUGGGCCGCGCCCUGCUGGCGUCCUGCGAGUUCGACUGCGCCAGCGAGAUGCUCACGGUGGCCGCCAUGUUGUCUGCGCCUUGCUGUUUCCUGGCGCCCCCUGCUGGCAUGAUCCACGAGGCGCACCAGUGCCACAGACGGUUCCAUCACCCCGAGGGAGACCACUUCACCCUCAUCAACAUCUACAACGCCUUCAAACGGAGCCAGAAGGAACCACACUUUAAUGUCGAAAGCUGGUGCCGGGACAAUUUCCUCAACCCCACGUCCCUGGAGACGGCCGAGUCGUUGCGGUCAGAGUUGACGGAGAUCCUGAGUCGGAUAGAACUUCCUGUCUCCGAGCCCGCCUUCGGCACCCAGACCAACACCCUGAACCUCAAGAGAGCGCUGCUGUCUGGGUUCUUCAUGCAGAUCGCACGGGACGUGGACGGGGGAGGGAACUACUUCAUGCUGACCAAUAAGCACGUGGCCCAGGUCCACCCAGUGUCCGGGUACGGGCCCAGCAGCCACAAGCUGGGCCUCCCAGAGUGGGUGGUGUUCCACGAGUACGCCCUGGCCGAGAACAACUGCGUCCGCACGCUGUCUGAGAUCUCCCCACAGCUGUUUAUCGAGAUGACUCCCCAGUACUUCUUCUACAACCUGCCCUCCAGCGAGAGCAAAGCCAUCCUGCAGCACAGCCUGGAGCGAAACGCCUCCAGGAACUGCGCCGCCGACCUGAAGCCCAAGAAGUCUCUCGCGGUGCACAGGGAGGUCAGCCAGGAGACGUUGUAUGACAGAUGCGUGUUGCAAUGAAUUCACCCUUUUCAAAAUGGCUGCCUUAAACCAGCCGGCAACUGCAGUCCACGUACGGUGACAUAUUAUACCACAAGGUGUUAGUUGGAUUAGCCGUUACAAGCAGUUUUGAAAAUCUAAUCUGGUUUAUCACACUGACAACUGGUGGUAUAAUAUGUCACCUUUUAAGCCUUUAUUUGGAGUUAACCAGCAAUAAUUGACCAAGUGGUUGCUGGUCUCUCUGUACAUGUAGGUACGUAAGCAAGUUAUUCCUCCCACCGUUUUAACCAUUCCACAGCUGCAAUGGACAAAUGGAGCCUUAAAUCUGUGCUCUUUAGAACCUGCUUCGUGUAUAUAGAUCAUGUUUUACUUUUGAAAAAAAAAAAGGUUGAUGUGUUUCAAUUUGGUGAAAAAGAUGUGUUAAGUAAUUCAUGGUUUCCCUCUGGCAGGGGCACUGUGGUUUAAAGCAUGUGUUGAUGAAUAAAUACUGUCCAAUACAAUUACGUUUGCCUGCUAAAAAUGCCUCCAUGAUAUAAAUCUAAUUUGUGAUUCUAGAGACAAAUCCAGCCAUCUGCCUGUGUUAAGGUCAACGGACAUACAAACAGCAAAAUAUCCUUGUCAGCAGGCGAGGUCAUUUAUUUGGAUUUGGACAACUUGCCCGCACCAACAUGUAGAGAUAAAGACGAAUCAUUUAUAAAAGUGAUUUUCCUGGAGGAUAUAAUUGAGACCGUGUCAAGUAAAGGAAACCGCUUUGAGUCAAGUAAAGGAAACCGUCAUAAGAAAUAUUACUUGACAGAAUUGGGAUAAAAAGUUUGUAUUUAACCUACCAGCUCCUUCAGUUCAUUCAUAGACUCAUGGUCGUCUUCAAGUCAAACACAAUGAACGUCAAGACCUUAGUUACUUUGUUUUAUACGGUUAUAUAGAAAAUACAAUAUGCCGAAGACAACAGCAUUCUUGCCGUCCGAGACUAAUUCAAAUUUACAAAUGUUGUACCUAAAUCUUAUUUUUUUUUUUUUAACUGAACAGAGUUUAGGUGUUAAAUCUCAAUAUUGCAGGGAAAAUACCCCCAAAAAACACUGCGGGUGUUGUUUCGGCGAUCAGUGCCACCCGUUUUUCCUUCUGCUGAGUUAUAAUGACUCAAUUACUUACUCAACACAACUAAACUUGAAAUACAAAUCCGUAAGUAACCGUUUGCAUUGAGCCAUGUCAGAAGUCCACAGGUGUUUAUUGGGAGCUUCAGACGGUGAGAAACUCCUUGAGUUUCUCCAUGAUGCUGGGAAUGCUGUCGGCCGGAAUCAGCAUCACCGUGCGGAACGGCUUCAUGGGAACGUCGUCGAAGGACCAGCGGCCGCUCAGACACGAGUCAGUUUCAUCCUGCACCGAGUAGUUGAACUUCACCGUGGCGUGCUGUAGGGAGACGGAGCA